CAGAGAACAGUGUAGUACGUGCCGACGGCUCUCGGCUCCGUGGUGGACUGUAACAACCUCGCUGCCAGGCACGUCCCCGGACCGCCAGGACACCGCGGAGAACCAGGACCGACCCACUCCGGUUCUGGGAGGAGAGUUUAUCUGCGGCUGCCAGAACUCGUCGGUUUAACUUCUGACCGAAACUGAGCGACGGAAGAAAAAGAAGAAGAAGAGCGAGGCGACUGGAAACACUCUGUCACUAUCUGUCAAAUAAAGUGCUCAAGGUGUGUCUGGCCCCGGAUAUAAGCAGACAUCAUGGAGGAGGACCUGAUGUUCAGGAUGGAGGACGAGGAGGAAGGCAGCGCCAAGAGACCCCCUGCCCAACACAGGGCCCCCGGUAAGAGGGCCUCCUCCAUGAGCGACGCCAACGCCAGCGAUGACGACGAUGACGACCACUUCAUCUGCCCCAUCCUGGACGACUCCGCCAAAGAGAUCUGUCACUACCUGAAGAAUCUGGUCUACAGCCGGCAGCUGUCAAACUCUCUUCCCAAGAGCAACUUUGUGUUCAAGGACGCAUGGAAACAUGCGAUCGAGAAGGCCAAAGCCAUGCCCGACCCCUGGGCACAGUUUCACCUGGAGGAAAUCAAGACUGAACCCUGCAUUCGUUACAGGUACAAUGCCAUCACAGGAGAGUGGGCUCAGGACCAGGUCCACAUCAAGAUGGCUGCCCAGCCGUUUGGGAGAGGGGCCAUGAGGGAGUGCUUCAGAACGAAGAAAUUGUCGAAUUUCUCACACAGCAGCAACUGGAAGUCGGCGUCCAAUUACGUGGCCAAGCGUUACAUGGAGUCGGUGGACAGAAGUGUCUACUUCGAGGACGUCAAGCUGCAAAUGGAGGCUAAACUCUGGGGAGAGGAGUACAGCCGCCACCGACCUCCCAAACCGGUGGACAUCAUGCAGAUGUGUGUGGUGGAGAUGGUGGACAGACCAGGGAAACCUCUCUUCCACCUGGAGCAUUACAUCGAGGGCAAGUACAUCAAAUACAACUCCAACUCCGGCUUUGUGAGGGACGACAACAUCCGCCUCACUCCUCAGGCCUUCAGUCACUUCUCUUUUGAGCGCUCGGGCCACCAGCUGAUUGUGGUGGACAUCCAAGGAGUGGGAGAUCUCUACACCGACCCUCAGAUCCACACAGAGAAGGGGACUGACUUCGGAGAUGGAAAUCUAGGCGUGCGAGGCAUGGCGCUGUUCUUCCACUCCCACUUGUGUAACAAGAUCUGCAAGAGUAUGGGCCUGACGCCUUUUGACCUCUCCCCCGCAGAGAAGUCCCAGCUGGACUGCACCAACAAACUGCUCAAGUCGGCCCAGACGGUGCUGAGAGGCUGCGAGGAGCCCUGCGGUUCCCCUCGUGUCCGGACUAUGUCGGCAAGCCGGGCCCCUCCGCUGUUGUCCCGCCUGUCUGAGACGUCCUCUGCAGACGAGAGCAUGAGCGACGUGGACUCGGUUCCCUGCUCCCCUCUCAUCUUCCCCUGCUCCCCUCUGGGCGCACCUGGAUCCAAGUCCCCUAUGGGCUUGUCUUUUACUGGGAUGUAUGAACAUGAACGACUCCACAAUAACAACACGGGUGAACACAAGGAAUCUGACAGCGGAGGGGACAGCGGCUACCCCAGCGAGAGGAGGAGUGAAGGAGACCCAAAUGACCACGUGGACGGGCUGACGGAGGAGAAGUGGAACUUCUACCAUUCGUCUCGCGCUCACAUCCACCGUCCUUCGUGCGUGGCCACUGAGGUGGAGCGACUCAGCACUCUGAUGCAGAAGAAGAUCGGCCAGUCAGUCCUCGGAAAGGUCCACCUGGCGAUGGUGCGGUACCACGAAGCGGGCCGUUUCUGCGAGAAGGACGAGCAGUGGGAUCAGGACUCGGCCAUGUUCCACCUGGAGAGAGCUGCACUGUGCGGAGAGCUGGAGGCCAUCGUGGCCCUGGGACAGUGCUUACUGCAGCUGCCUCAUCACAUCCUGCCAGACAUGGAGCUGGAGGAUAAUGCAGGAAACCGUAUGAAAGGUUUUAAGCUCCUGCUGCAGGCGGCGGAGGCUGGAGACAGAUUUUCCAUGAUCAUGGUGGCCAGAGCUUUUGAUUCCGGGGUCGAUCUGCCAGCUGACAGAAAGCAGAACUGGGAGGAAGCCAUUCACUGGUACGAUACUGUGUUGAACAUGAUGGACUAUGAUGAGGGGGGAGAGUACGACGGGACGCAGGACGAGCCUCGCUACCUGCUGCUGGCCAGAGAGGCAGAGAUGUACCAAGAGGGAGGCUUCCACCUCAAGGCAGACCCACAGAGAGCAGGUGAUCUGUUUACAGAAGCAGCAGAAGCUGCCAUGGCGGCCAUGAAAGGUCGACUGGCGAACAAAUACUACAUGAAAGCUGAAGAGGCCUGGGCGCUCAUGGAGGAGUAACUGGAUGCACGUUUCUGUCAAGAACAGACCACGGAGGGUUAAUGUGACUGAUAGCUGAGCUGAUUUUAACACCCAAAGGAUACAACUUGAUGGGUUACCGUUUACAUUUUUUUUUAAUUGCAUAAUUUUUAAAUAUAUGUGUGCAGGCUUACAAGUCUUUGUUUCUGUUCUUCUCUUCCUGUUUCUGUUCUUCUUAUCCUGUUUCUGUUCUUCUCUUCCUGUUUCUGUUCUUCUCUUCCUGUUUCUGUUCUUCUCUUCCUGUUUCUGUUCUUCUUAUCCUGUUUCUGUUCUUCUCUUCCUGUUUCUGUUCUUCUCUUCCUGUUCGUGAACCGCCGUCAUCCCGACUCCUCUUUCCUGUAAUAUCCCGUCUCAGGUUAACUUUAAGCUGAGUGAUUGUAUGAAGUGAGUCCGAAGAAUCUAAACAAAGAAAAUGGUUUCUUUACUUUGCCCCAACAAUAACACACUUACGUUGGAAGUUUGUAUGUAAAAGUGCUUGGAGUUUAAAACUGUAAAAUAAAGUUUGCAUUGUUUUUUUGGGUAAAAAAUG